AUGGGUUGCUGCUCGAAACGGUCACCUACGACCAAGCGGCUGUGUGCGUUAGGCAGUGCGACCAGCGUUUGUGUAUUGGCUCUGGCACUCGGGUUUCUGUGGCCUGCGCUGGUAUGGCAGAUUGCCAAGAACGAGUUGGUGCUCGAACCGGGCACCGAGGUCUACGACAACUGGUUUAAUCCACCGAUCGAUACGUACCUCGAGAUAUACCUCUGGAACUGGACGAAUGCGGAUGGCGCUCUGCAGGGUACGGAAGGCUAUAAGCCACACCUGGAGCAGCUGGGACCGUACACCUUCAUCGAGCAGCAUAAACGGGUCAAUCUCGAGUGGAACGAUGACGAUGAUACACUAACGUUCCAACAGCAACGCAUCUGGCACUAUCUGCCGGAAAAAUCGGUUGGAGAUUACGAGAAUGAUCGUGUCAUCACCAUCAAUCCGGUGUUGUUGACCGUCGGAUAUGCACUUCGCAACGAACCGAUAUUUCUGGACUACGUCGAUCAAACCAUCAUGCUUAACAACCUAGCAAGCUCGCCCUUCUACGACGUGCCGGUGCGUGAAAUGAUCUUCGACGGGUACGACGAUUCUUUGCUCACAAAUUUGCUCGUUUUACUUGCGCUAAUUCCCCCGGAAGCUCGUCCACCGAUCGACCUUCCACCGUACGACCGAUUUGGGUGGUUCUUCGGGCGUAACGAGAGCGAAACGUACGACGGUACGUUCACGAUCGGUACCGGCAAGGAUAACGUCCAGAACACCGGCGUGAUGCGUCUCUGGAAUGGAGAAAAUGCCACCAAGUAUUACCGUGGUGAGUGUGGAAGGAUGCGGGGUACGACCGGUGAAGUUUGGCCACCGUUUGGACGUCUACGAGGUACGCCACCAAACGUGACCGUGUUCGCACCGGAUGUAUGCAGCUCUGUCACGCUGCAGUACUUUGAGGAGGUGGAACGGUUCGGGAUCGACGGAUUCCGCUGGAUUGGGAACGAUCGUGUGUUUGAUAAUGGCGUGCACUAUGAAGAAACGGCCUGUCAGUGCACGGCAGAGGAUGAAUCGAGCUGUCCGGUGUUGGACAACGGUGCGAUGGACGUUUCACGGUGUAAGUUUAGUGCUCCAGCUACGGUGUCGUUUCCACACUUUUACCUAGCCAACGACAGCUACCUGACAGGGGUUAGUGGAAUGAAUCCGAAUGCAGAGGAGCAUCGUUUUGAGAUGGAACUGGAACCGUACACGGGUGUGCCGUUGGGUGUGAAGGCGCAGUUACAGGUUAACCUGGAUGUACGCGAGUACGGCAUGACGCUCCUGAAAGGCAUUCCGGAGGUGAUGCUGCCAGUUCUGUGGUUCCGACAAACGGCGAGCCUGACGGAUGAGCUAGCUGACGAUAUAAAGUUGAUCCUCAUGCUUCCCGACAUUGGAGUGUACGUUGCGUACGCAUUAGGUGCGAUUGGAAUCGUUGGCAUGGUACUUGCACUGUACUUCUCCGUGACACGAUGGAAGCUUGAGACUACCGACAGAGCUGCCCUCGAAUAG